AUGGCGACCGCGGGCUGCUGUGGCGCAGGGGAGGCGGCGGUGCUGCUGCUGGUGGCCGCGCUGUGGGGCAGCACCGGGCCCUUCCUGCGCACGGGCGCGGCGGGGCUGGAGGAGCUGCGGCACCGGAGCCGCCUGAGGCAGCUGCUGGCAGAGAUCCGCUUCCUGGGCCUCAACUACAAGUACAUGGUGCCCUUCCUGCUCAACCAGUGCGGAUCACUGCUCUUCUACCUCACCUUGGCCUCUGCAGACCUGUCCCUGGCGGUACCGCUCUGUAACUCCCUGGCUUUGAUCUUCACUCUGGUGACUGGGAGGAUGCUGGGAGAGGAUAUCGGUGGUAAAAGGGCCGUGGCAGGAAUGGUGCUCACCCUCCUGGGUGUGAUGCUCUGCAUGGCUGGUUCGUGACCAAGGCGCAGCAAGCAAAGGAAGAGAACGCAUUUAAACAUGACCCCGUGGCAUGAGGGGAGCUCCUGGCUCAGCCGCUGACCGCUUGGCUCUCAUUCUGACACACCUGGAGCAUGGAUUAGACUCACCAAGCACCAGGGUGGAGCAAGGCAUAGCACAAGGACAGCUUAUUUAGUGUCUUAAGGAGCUUUUUUCCUGUGGGUGUUUUAAAGCAGGGAUGGGAAGAGGGGUAAUAACUUUCUAAUAAAUAAUUCAAAUGGA